AUGGAUUUUGAAUUUUUUCGCACCAUUCCUCUCGUGACGAGGUCCUUCCUCCUGUUGUCGGUGGCUUCCGUCAUGCUAGUUUCCUUUGGUGUGGUUCAUCCCGUAGAAGUUGUAUUUAGUCCUCUUCUUGUGUUUCAAGAGAGACAGUACUGGAGGUUGAUCACUAACUUUUUCUACUUUGGGCACCUUGAUCUAAACAGCAUCUUGGAGCUCCACUGGUUAUGCGUGGUAAGUAGCGGCAUCGAGUUGCAAUACUUUCGGCGAAGAAAAGUAGAUUAUUGCAUCACCCUUUUUGCAGGAAUGUCUCUUCUUCUACUUUUUCGGUGCCUUAGGGUCGUGGAUACUCCCUAUUUGAGCUUCUCACUUUGCAAUGCUUUGGCAUAUCUUUUUUCUCGUCUAAUGCCUGAACAGGAAGCGAACAUCUUUUUACUGGUGACGAUUCCGGUACGACUGUUGCCGCUUUUUUUUCUCGCUAUCGCCAUCAUUUUUGAUAUGCAGAGAAGCAUCAGGCUUAUUGUUGUGGAAAACCUUGUCGGACACAUUCUUUGGUACUUCCUCGAGAUCUUUCCAUGCAUUACAAGAGUGCAUCCAUUGCGGUUGCAAGAAAUGUUUAUGCAGUAA